UUGUUAUUUAUUUAUCGUCUAAGUAAACAAUUUUUUUUCUGUUUGUUCAACUAUUUGAUUUCGUUGCAGCCAAACGAACACUAACGUAGAGGCAACUGUUUUGUCUUAUUCAUCUGCACUCAAAUUGGACCCACUGACAGUUCUAACUGUUCGUUUUGGCGUUUUCUGUGUUAUCUGUGUGCUUCUUAUAUGCCCGAUAUUGCAGCUUGAAAAAAACGGAGUCCUCGUAGUCUGUUGUUUUGUUGUUUCGAAGACUUGAUCGUCGUCGAUAUGUCUGAGAUAGUCAACGAAAACAGCAAGUCAUCGAAUCCGCCUGUUGAUGGCAACAAUGAAGGUAUAACAACCAAUGAAAUGGAAAAUGAAACAGGCGUUGAAGAAAAGGUUAAAGUAGUGAGAUUUAAGCAGCCAACACAUAAGUAUACCAAAGAAGCUCUGUUGGAAUUACAAAACUUGAGCAGUUCCAAAGUGCGCCCUAAAUUUUUAGACAACUUCCCUGAUUUGGAUUUAGAACUUGCUGGAAAAACUCGAAAGGGAAGUAGGCCUGUUGCUAGUGGAAAACCAGCUACUAAUAGUAAGACAGUAGCAUUUGAUUUACCGCCUUGGCAGAAUCAACCUACAGAAAAUGGUGAACUUAAAACUGAGAAAAAACCUCAGGAUGCUAAAGAUCGUCUGAAAAAGGAUCAAGAUAUAGUUUUGAGUCCUCAAAGGCGUAGUUUCAAUUCMGGUUGUUUUGUUACUAUGAAUGCCUCUAGUGGACCAAAACGUUCAAAUAGUCCUUUGAAUACAUCUGCUAAACAGUAUGUUGAAAGGGAGCCCAUUCGAGAACCUCGUCGAGUUGGCAGUGGUCGAUUAAUGAGUCGAGAUUCUUGGGAUUCUGGUUUUCGUCAGCCAGAAAAUGGAAUUGCAAAUAAUUACAAUUUUGGUAAAAGUGGCUUUCGUGAAUCUUCAUCUCAUAACUCAAUUGAACCUCGUAGAAAAGAUUUUGAGUUUGACAGAGGAGAAACAGAUCGUUAUAGAAAUUAUGAUCGCUUUAAAGGCUCUAGUAAUUAUGAUAGACGUCGAAAUGAUUCUUAUCGAACACAAGAAGAACCAGAAUGGAUGACAGAUGGCCCAACUUCUCAACAUGAUACUAUUGAAUUGCGAGGUUUUGAGGAUCCACCUGUUGACAAAACAAAAAAGAAAAAAGCAAAACCUGCUGCCCGUACUAAAAAGAAUUCAAUGGACUCUACAUCUACAGAAUCAGCAGCUGCUGUAAAAAGUGCUAAUGAAACUAAAACUAAGAAAACUAAAAAAGAAAAAGAUGAGGAUAAAAAGAAAAAGUCAACAGUUGAUAAACCAAAUAAUGAAUCUGAAGACCAAACAAAAAAAGAUUCUGAUUCAAUAACUGGAAAUGAGUUCAUUCAAGCCUAUGAUGCUGAACAUAAAACAAAUGACAAUGUGUUAAAUGAUUUCAAUAUUGAUGACUUCUUAAAGCCAGAUUACUUAAGUGAUAUAAUGCACAUUGAAGGGGAAACUGAUGGAAAUGUAGCUGGUUCACGAUUCCGUCAAUGGUUUACUACUCAUGAUAGUAGUCGUGCUUCGUCUGCUUCAACUGAAAUGUUAAAUUCUGCAACUAAUAAAGGUGCUGCAACAGAUAAUGCAGAAGAAGACCCUAGACAGUUAUCAUCAAUGCUCAUGGGAAUAGUUAAACAUAACAAUCAAAACGAAUCAAAAAAUUUAACAAAUGCAUAUGACUCAAUUACAUUGAGUGAAAACAAUAAACUUCCUCCAGCUAUUAUGGAUGUUAUUAAAGCCAGUGCACCUCAAUUGACUGAUCCUAAAGCCGCCAUACGUGAUUUAGAGGUUAAUGGUAAAGUUCAAAGUCUUGAAGAAAUUGAAUCUAGAUUGCGUAUGUCUAGUGGACAACAAAAUGGUUAUUCACCGCCACUUAACAAUAUUCAAUUCCAUGAAGAAUUGAAACUAAAGAAACUGCAAAAUAUGAAAAUGCCUCAAAAUGAGCACGAAAACUCUAACAAUGAUGGUCAUGUAACAAAUAGCUCUCAAAACUAUUCCAUAUUACAGAUGCUAAAUAAUGCCCAGGGUCCACAUAACUAUAUGGUUAACCAAGGUCAAAACCCUGCUGGUCAAUAUGGUUCUUCAAAUAAUUAUCGCAGUCAACAGCCUAAUAUGCAAGUUCCUAAUGAUCUUGUUAUGAAGCUCAUGGAAGCACAACAGAGCUGUGAAAACAUUUCAAUCUCUAAGCAAAUAGAAUCUAGUGCCUAA